AUGUUUCAGCUUUGGAAACUUGUUCUCUUAUGUGGUCUGCUCACUGGAACCUCAGCCUCUCUUCUUGAUGGUCUUGGCGUGGGUAAAAUUUUGGAUGAGACGAAAUCUAUUGUCAAUGUUGUUGACAAUACAGUUGGAGCCGUCGGUCAGAAGCUGAAGGACGAGUUGGCUGGCGUGCAGGGAUUCCUCAACGAGAGGAUCCAGGACGUUUUGAGCUUGGUGGGCAACAGCCUUCCUCAGAUCCUUUCAACUGGCGAGAAGAUAUUGGAUAUAAAGAUAUCCGACUCUGCUCUCCUGAAUCCCAAAUUUGAACCGACUGCUGAUGGCAAAGGCAUUAACGUGAGGUUCCCCAUCAAGGCUCAAGUCUCUCUAGCCCUGCCUUUGACUGGUGAGGUCCUCGACCUGAAGGUCUCCUUGGACCUCUUAUCUGGAGUCAAAGUGGUAGCUGAUCCCAAGACUGGUGUCUCCAAGGUGGUCUUGGGAGAAUGCAUCAGGGACCCAGCCAGCAUCUCAGUCUCUUUGCUGGACAAAUACAGCAAAACACUCAACAGGGUUUUGAAAGUUGUGACCACCCCCGUGCAAAAUGCUGUAUCCCUCCUGGUGCAGAACGUGGUGUGCCCAGUGAUCCAUUCCAUCAUCAACGCCGUGAGCGUGGAUGGUAUUCAGCAGGCAAUAGGUCUCCAGGCAUGGCCCAAGUGGCUAGGGCAGUGA